UCACACAACCAACGCCACUUAGCAUUUUCUAGCUAACAUGCAUGCAGCGCUGAUCUGACCGCUAACCGAGGAAUAACUUUAUGGUGGAGGUGCCUGAGCCCAGACUGUAUAGACCUUUUUAGAGAUUUAUUUAAAGUGAUUUAUUGAAGGUGGUGAAUCUCACAGUCAAAUGAACAUGUGGAGCUCAGGCCGCCGUGUCCUUCAGGAGCUGUUCAGCCAGCCGGCUGUCAGGAGUUUCUCUCUGACUCCUGCUCAGAACACAGUUGUGGUGGAGCGCUGGUGGCAGGUGCCCUUAUCCAAAGUAGGCAGUCCGCCGAGGCUUCACCCACGAAGACAUCGAAUCUACAAGUUGGUUGAAGACACAAAACUUGUUCCUAAGGAGAAGAUGGAGCUCAUCCUGACUCAGACAGUACCCAAGCUUGGUGGGCGAGGAGACACUGUGUUUGUGAAAAAGUCUGUCGGAAGAAAUAAGCUGCUCCCCCAAGGCCUUGCAGUGUAUCCAUCGCCGGAGAACAAACAGAUAUUUGCUGAGGAGUUAAGACUUCUGCGUGAGGGGAAGCCAGAGGAAAGAAUCCAAACACGCACUGGACAAUUGACAGUGGAGUACCUGAAACGCUCAAAGUUGAAUAUAAACAAGAUGCCCUCAGAAGAAUUCCAGCUCAAUAAGGAUGUUGUCUGCAGACAGUUACAGAAGAAGCUGGGAGUUGUGGUGCCACCUGAUGCAUUGAGUCUCCCUUUUGAGUCAGUCAAGGACUUGGGUGACUACUGGUGUGAAGUUACGGUUAAUGGAAUGGACCUAGUUCGCAUCCCCAUUGCACUGUUGCCGUAUGAGGACCAGUCUGCUAGUUAUCAGCGGCAGUUGAAAACACAAAUGCAGCAGGCGGCUGCAGAUAUCUCAGAACCUGCUGCUGCUGCUGAGGAGGAGGGAGCUGCUGUGAAUGCAGUUUCUGAUGCUGCAGUGGAAGCUGAAGCAGGUAAAGACUCUGUGAGUCAAGUCAGCGGAGCUGGAGAAGAGGAAACGGCAGCUAGCACACAGACGAGUGAAGACACAACAGCACCACCAAGUGACAGCCCGAAAAAAGAUUAAAGGACUCCAAAUGAAAACGUGCAUAGAACUACAAUGGAUAUUGUUUACUUAUAAUACACAUUAUACAUUAAUCAAAACAGUUGUGUGCGUCAUUAAUUAUGUCGUUAGUUAAAUGAACUAAUUCAUACUACAUGUUAACCCUAAAUAAUAGUUUCAGAAACUGAUCUUUUGUAAUCUUACUCUAUAUAAUUCCUGCAUCAUGGUGAUACCAGACAUGAUCAAACCAGCCAAUUGCAUUUAGAGGAAUGGAGCCAGAAAAAUAAAAAUAUUUAUUCUUUAAAUUGAAUUGCACAACAAGCAUAACAAAAGUAUAGGGUAAAAAAAAAAUACAUGUCACUGAAUCAGUAGUAUGCUUUGUCAAUCUUCUAAUGAAACCCGCUGAGGUCAAUGUUUAUUUUUUUUGUCCAAGGACAGUGAGACAUAUGAUAAAUCAAGGAGAGCAUGAAUGUGUGCUUUGUUUUAUAGAAAUGUUAUUUCAUCCAAACACUUUACACUGUCCAAUAGGUGUCAUGGAAAGAAAAAGUUGGAGCUUGCAUACAUUUUACCUCUAGAAUUUAUAUUCCUGUCUAAAGAUAAUGUGCGAUUAUAUGUAUUCAGACUGUUGGUUACUUGCUUUGGGUGUUUGUGUGUAAAUAUGCUCAGAGACAGGCUCUACGGGCAGUGUAUGCACCAAAACUAGAGUAUGGAAGCAAUCCAUAUUCCUGGACUGCUGGUAUGUUUCUGCCAAAAUGUCAUUGUAUUUUGAGGCAGAUCAGGUUGUGUAUGUUUUGGUGCAGCAAAGAUAGGAAACUACAGAGCUGUUGCUGCCACCACACCUAGACAUAGUUUACACAUGAAGCUAUCUAGAAAAUCCACGUGUAGUGAAAUAUAGUGCGUAUAGAAGCAACCUUGCUCAUGAGUUUACAUUUCUACUUUAUUUUCCGAUUUAGAAAACAAAGAUGCAGGGUGGAAUAAUUGCUUUGUUAAAAGACAAUUAAAGCCUAAUAAAGAAUAAACGUUAUUGCUUCAGUGAAAUGCUAUUUAAAAGGCAGCUUUGCAGGAUGGGAAAUAUUGGUGCAAAAAUGAUCUGUACAUCAAUCCAAGAGAGCAGAAACCUGGAAUAUUCACUAAAGCUGGAGAGAUUGGCAGUAUUUUUGUUUCACCACAUUAAACAGUUCUUAGCAGUUUCCCCUUGAAAGUCUUCAGCGUAUUUGAAACAUUCUGAAUCACUGGCAGAGGACAAUCCACACACACAGAUUCAGUUAAACAGCAGAAUCUUCUUAUGACUGGAGCAGCAGAGAGAUACAGUUGAAGCCUCCUCUCAACCACUUAAAAUAAACUUGGAAGUUAAUGUGAUUUCUAUUUAGGGUAGCGUUUACAGGCUAAAU